AUGGUUUGUGAGAGCGUUAGUGGUGAAUCACUUGUAGAAAAGGGUGAUAUUAUCGCUAAGAUGUGCUCUAAUGUAACACAAGCGUUUGACAAGGAUAAAAAAUUUAAUGUAAAACAGGCCUUACUGAAUAAUUCAACGAUAGAGAGGCGCCCAAGCGAAGUAAAAUAUAGAGGCGUGGAGAACAUCACAUCACGAUAUGGUUGGGGAAAAUUUACACCAAACUCUCUGCAACGUUUCAACAAUACACGCUCCUUCUUAGUGUUUAUUUGCGUGUGUACGUUUGGUCAAGGCAUGGUUUCUAUUGGGAUGAUCAGCACGUUUCUCACUACACUUGAAAAAAGAUACGAGUUCAAAUCGACAGAAGUUGCCCUCCUUACUACAUUCGCUGAUAUUACUGCUGCUAUCUUUUGCUGCUCCAUUUGCUAUUAUGGUCAUCGCCAUAGACCACGUGCGAUAGCGUUUGGAUUUAUAACUUUAAUUUUCGGAAUUGUUAUAACAACUAUCCCGCAGUUUAUUUCACCACCGUAUGAAGUUGGUGUUGAACGAGUCACUGAUGCAUGCCAGGCCAGAAAUACGACAGGCGAAAAUUCUGAAUGUCAACAAAGGAUCGAUAACCAAAUUUAUUUGUUUAUUUUUAUUAUUGGUGGUUCUAUAAUGGCGCUAGGUCCGGUGCCACUAUACGGCCUUGGAUUUGCACAUAUUGAUGAAACAACCGACCGUGGACAAAACAGCUUGUACAUAGGUAUAAUGGAGGCGUUUUCGGCGUUAGGGCCAGCUGCCGGAUUUAUGUUGGGAAAGCCGAUACUUAAUAUUUACGUUGAUAUUAAACAGGUAUCAGCAACUUAGUGCCCAUAUCCCAAACAAAAGUAUUGAUCACAACAGUCAUAAAACUACUUCCCACCGCUUUGUUUGUUUGUUUGUUUGUCUGUUUGUUUAUCUUUUCUUAAAGC